AUGUUCACCCCCAUUCAUACCAUAUCGGGUGCACUACUAUUAUUCCACGGCUCAUCCGGCCUGCUCAUACACAACGGCGCCGUCUUCGGCAUAUCCUCUCUUUUAUCUGGGUGUGUCUUCAACCCGAAUCGUGACAAUGUGCCCAUCAUCGCGGGUAUCCUGACCAGCAUUGUGCCGGUGUAUUUGUUGGCACCAUCACUGAUCCCGGAGUAUCCCGCACCACCACAUUCCUGGGCUUCUGCUGCAGCAACUUUGGGAGUGGGCUUCCUAUCGGGAUGGGGGACAAAGAACGGUCGAGGCUGUACCUCCGGACACAUGCUGUGUGGCAUUUCACGUCUCUCGCCGCGCUCGUUAAUCGCAACCGCCAUCUUUUUCACAACUGCAUUGCUCACGGCGAAAUUUGUCGAGGGCGGAUCCGAUAUUCCGUCUUGCGGUUCGAUACCGUGCUAUACACCAGUGUAUCCAUCUGGAUCGGAGUUGAGCUUCAUGUCUGCUGCUGCGCUAUUGGCGGCUAUCACAAACUUUAUCGUCGUCCCGCAAAAGGUUCGUCGGUCGGAGGAAUCUAGGGUUGUCUAUUCCUAUGUGGCAGGGUUGGAGUUUGGUCUGGGUCUCUUAAUCUCUGGAAUGGCGGACCCAGCCAAGGUACUCGGGUUCUUUGCCCUGGUGACUGACCCAUUCCGAUUUGAUCCGUCGCUGGCACUGAUCAUUCUGUUUGGCAUUGGGCCAUCGCUGUUCACUUUCCUGGCUCAGAAACCUGGCCAAGUGGUCGAAAAGGGAAAGCCCGUUGCGAUGCCUACUCUUUCCGAAAAAUGGCAGCUUCCAACAGCCACGAUGAGUGACAUCGAUUGGCGGUUCUUUGCAGGUACUGCGACGUUUGGACUAGCCUGGGGACUGAAAGGGGUCUGCCCAGGCCCUGCAAUUUUGCGAACAGUCCUGCAACCAACUUGGGGACUGAUCACGAUGGGUGGUUACAUGCUGGGCAACCUUAUUUGA